AGUGUCAGCCAGCAGGUGAACGCGGUCACAUAACUCUAAAGGACAGGUAAAAGUUAUGUUUUCCUCCUUUUAAAGGAUAGUGUGUUUUUAUUAUUAAAUGUUUAAGAGAAAUUACGCUCUCGACUUCUAUGAAAGAUUGCCAAUAGCCGGCUAGAUACAUUCAUUAUUAAGUUACUGGAGAGGGAUUGUGCUUGGUGCGUGAUUGACUAGUAGUACAAACUAGUUGGGGCGUGUUUGGCUAGUCGGGAGGGAGGGACAAUCAACACUUCAAGACUCGCCUACUUUAGCCAACGUUACUCCACUACUGUGAUCUAUGAUAAGAUUUGCACUAACAACUUAGCCACAUCGCCAUCUCUCUCUGCUGUUUUCAGAUCCAAAGCGACACUGCUGUGUCAAACCAGCUCAACAGCCCACCAUGUUCCGCACUAGGGAUAAAAAAACGCCAGAACCGUUCCAGGAUGUUUCGCAAGGUUUGAAGAAACUUUACCGGACUAAACUCUUUCCCCUGGAGGACAGCUACCAAUUCCACGACUUCCAUUCACCGGCGCUCGAGGAUGCGGACUUCGACAACAAACCCAUGGUUCUUUUGGUCGGUCAGUACUCGACCGGGAAAACUACCUUUAUUCGGCACCUGAUGGAACAAGACUUCCCUGGUAUGAGGAUCGGGCCCGAGCCGACGACAGACUCUUUCAUAGCUGUGAUGCACGGUGACCAGGACGGGAUGAUACCUGGCAACGCCUUGGUUGUCGACCCCAAAAAACCCUUCCGCAAACUCAACGCAUUUGGUAACGCGUUCCUCAACAGAUUUACGUGUGCUCAGAUGUCCAACCCGGUCCUGGAGAGCAUCAGUAUCAUCGAUACCCCUGGAAUCCUGUCGGGAGAGAAACAGAGGAUAAGCAGAGGGUAUGACUUUGCAGCAGUACUGGAGUGGUUUGCGGAGCGUGUGGACCGCAUCAUCCUCCUGUUUGACGCCCACAAGCUGGACAUCUCAGACGAGUUCUCUGAGGUGAUCCGCGCCCUGAAGAACCACGAGGACAAGAUGCGCGUGGUGCUGAACAAGGCUGACCAGAUCAACACGCAGCAGCUGAUGAGGGUCUACGGUGCCCUCAUGUGGUCGCUGGGGAAGAUCAUCAACACCCCAGAGGUGGUGAGGGUGUACAUCGGGUCGUUCUGGGCCCAGCCUCUCCUGAUCCCUGACAACAGGAAGCUGUUUGAGGCUGAGGAACAGGACUUGUUCCAGGACAUCCAGGGGCUUCCCCGGAAUGCAGCAAUCCGGAAACUCAAUGACCUCAUCAAGAGGGCACGGCUGGCUAAGGUCCAUGCCUACAUCAUCAGCUCUCUGAAGAAGGAGAUGCCCAGUGUGUUUGGGAAGGAGAACAAGAAGAAGGAGCUGAUCGCCAACCUGGGAGAGACGUACCUGAAGAUAGAGAGGGAACAUCAGAUCUCCCCUGGAGACUUCCCUAAACUCAAGAAGAUGCAGGAGCUCCUGGCUGGCCACGACUUCUCUAAGUUCUCUACCAUGAAGCCCAAGCUGCUAGAGGCUGUGGAGGACAUGUUGGCCAACGACAUCGCCCGCCUCAUGACCCUGGUCCGCCAGGAGGAAGCCGCCAUGCCCAGCCAGGCUGUCCACGGAGGCGCCUUUGAGGGCACAAUGUCCGGCCCCUUCGGCCACGGCUACGGAGAGGGAGCCGGGGAAGGCAUCGACGAGCUGGAGUGGGUGGUGGGCAGGGACAAACCCUCAUACGAUGAGAUUUUCUACACGCUGUCGCCGAUCAAUGGUAAAGUGUCAGGUGCGGCAGCCAAGAAGGAGAUGGUGAAGUCCAAGCUGCCCAACACGGUCCUCGGCAAGAUCUGGAAGCUGGCCGAUGUGGAUAAGGAUGGUUACCUGGACGACGAGGAGUUUGCGUUGGCCAAUCACCUGAUCAAGGUGAAGCUGGAGGGGCAUGAGCUGCCAGGGAAGCUUCCGGAACACCUAGUGCCACCUUCUAAACGCCACCAGGAGAUUGAUAUGGGAGAGUGAUAUGGGACUGGGAGGAAGGGGGAAAACCACAAUCUAAUGAGCCAGGGACAGACUGGGGAGGGCUGCGGCUGGGUUAAGGAUGGGUUGUUUUGAGGCGUGGGGGAAAAUGUUUCUGAAGAUUAGCUGAGGGAUGGUUGGGCGGGUGGAGAGUUGGUACUUAUGAAUGGACAUUAACGGAACGAAAUGGGUUGAUUGCUGCAUGAGGGAAUGGGAUGGGGAAACUUGCUAAAUAAAUGUUUUGCAAAUAUAUCAGAUCCAAAAAAUAUGCUGUCCAUAUGUUGAUCCAAAGAGGCAUAAUUAACAUCCUUUUUGAAGAAAAAACAAUUCUAAAUUAGAAUAUUUUAUCUAUAUUUUUGUAUUUCCCGUCUGUUUACUAUGGGAUGCAUUCAAAUGCUUCCAUUUUAUUAUUUUCUCAGAUGAAUUAAAAGGAAAUAUUUAUCCCAAGAAGGUAGUCUAGUAUUUACUAUGUUGGAAAACUUUUACAUACCCACGUGGGUGAUUGAAAGAUGAAGUCCACACUCCAGUCCUGUUGGUUGCAGUAAUGCACCUUAAAGUUGGUUGCCACAGAAGACUGAACGAGGAGAGAUUACUAGAAACUAGCUAGGUUUCCCCUUCGAUCUGUGGAUUAAUUGUCGGAGUUGAGAACACACAAUUUUGUGUCAGAGUUUUGAUAUUUCAACCGGCUUGUACUGGUCGCAUCUGGUGGGGAUUAGACCAACUCAACAUACGCACGGUUAUACAUGUGCAGCCGGUUUGGUCAUUGUGUUAUUUAGAAAUGUCAAAUUGAAUUGAAUACAUAAGUGCCCCCUGUAGGUGAGAACUGGUCACAGUCUGCUGGGCUGGAAGCAAACACCUGAUGACAGGACUCGGCUUAUCUAUCUGCUUGUAAAAUAUGUUUUGAACAAGGGUGGAGAGAUGCAGCUGUCGAACUAUUGAUCAAGUGAAGAUACUGACAGAGUGUGAAAGAGAAGGAAGUGAUUAUGAGAUUCUGGAAAACUUUCACAGUGAACAUGUGGAGAUCAUUUACAAUGCUGGAAGGACAGUUGAAAAAGUUAAUAAAUCAUAAACGGAUAGAGACAUACAUUUUUAGUUGAAAGUUGAAACCAUCGAAGCUUUCAAAAACAAGUUUUAAACAACUAGACUGGUUUCACCACAACCUGUUUUGCACCAUUUCAAAUCAUUGGAUGGUCUUAUUUCCAUAUUUGAUUCAAACAGAGUACAAGAGUAACCAUAUGUUUACACUCAACCGAUUUACUUGAUUGCAAUUGACAAUGUUGACUUUUUCUACAACUCUCAUUCCAUCACUAUGACAUGCCCCCACCCCACCCAACCCUGCCUAGUUGUUUUGCACACAAUGCCUUGUCUCUAUGGUAAUCAUAGAUAUUUUUCACUCAAACGACAUCUACCUCGUAGAGAAUGGUCCAGGGACAGGAAUGUGAGUUAUGCAGAGGCACCCUGGUCUUCUGUGUGUUGGCAUUCUCACUGUAUAACAGGCUCAUCUGCUGUUUGAAUACAGCAUGUGGGUUGUUUUACAUCUGUAGAAGCAGUUGUCUGUUCACACCUUGAAGGUUGUUGUUGUGCUUUGUGUUGCACCUCUUACUAUUUGAACUUGAUGCCCACUACAUACAAUGAAGGUUAAACCUAC